AUGGGGAAUGAUGCAACUCUGGUUACUGCUCUGUUGGGCCGCCUGGCAACUGCUUCGGGACCUUGGAACACCAGGCUUCUUCUCUCACAGCGUCGCUAUAUGACUGAUCUCCUAGGGCGGUCUGGAAUGGCUGAAUUAUCUGACUAUCACUCGCUGGAUCUUGCGUAUGCUGUCAACCGCCUAUGUCAGUUCAUGCACUCGGUAACUACUGAAACACUGGGUCUUGUUAAAAGAGUAUUGCGCUACAUCAAGGGGACUCUUGACUACGGGUUAUGGCUAUCACCGUCGUCCUCUACUAGCAUUCAUGCAUACUCGGAUUCCGACUGGGCUGGGUUCCCCAUUGAUCGAAAGAGUACAAGUGGGUUUGCUGUGUACCUAGGGACUAAUCUCAUCCUGGCUCUCCAAGAAACAACGUACCGUUGCACGCUCAUCCACAGAGGCGGAGUAUAA